AUGGAAGACUACCACGUCGCGGCUGCACCUAACACCUCUUACUUCACGCCUCUGCAGGAUCCACCGGCGGGGACCGCUUUCGACCCACAAUCCGAUGGGAAGCCUAUCCCCAAGCUGUUCCAACCUAUCAGGAUUCGCGGCCUGCAGCUGCAGAACCGCAUCAUGCUGUCACCCAUGGUCCAGAUAUCCGGCGACAAUGGCAAGGUGACCCCCUGGCACACGGCGCACCUCGGCGGUAUCCUCACCUUCGGCCCCGGCCUGACCUUCAUCGAGGGCGCAGGCGUCCUGCCAGAGGGCCGCGUGAUGCCGCAAGACCUCGGGCUCUGGGACGACGCGCAGAUCGAGCCGCUCCGGCAGCUCGUCGAGUUCGCGCACUCGCAGGGCCAGAAGGUCGGCAUCCAGCUGAACCACGCCGGGCGCAAGGGCUCCACCGUCGCGCUGUGGCUGUCCUUCCACGCGAUCUCGACGCGCGCGGUCGGCGGCUGGCCGGACGAGCUCGUCGCGCCGUCCGCGGUCCCGUACAAGGCGGGCGAGCCCGUGCCCCACGCGCUUGACGAGGCCGGAAUACGGCGCGUCGUGCAGGGCUUCGUGGAUGCCGCGCGCCGCGCGAUCGAAGCGGGCGUGGACGUCCUCGAGAUACAUGGCGCGCAUGGGUACCUGCUCCACCAGUUCCUGAGCCCCGUUACGAACAAGCGGACGGACAAGUAUGGCGGGAGCUUUGAGAAUCGUAUCCGUCUGUCGGUCGAGGUGGUCGAUGCGGUACGGGUUGUGAUGCCUGAGGACAUGCCCCUUUUCUUUAGGGUAUCUGCAACGGACUGGCUGGAGAAGGUCGCACCGAACGAGGCAUCGUGGCGCUCUGAGGACACCGUACGGCUGGCCGAGGUUCUCGCCAACCACGGAGUCGACGUCUACGAUGUCUCCUCAGGGGGUCUGGACGCCAGACAGAAGAUCGAGUUCGUCGAGCCCGCGUACCAGGCCCCGUACGCGGAGGCGGUCAAGAAGCGGGUCGGCGACAGAAUGCUGGUGGCGAGCGUCGGCGGCGUGACAGACGCGCACAUCGCGCAGCACGUCCUCGUGGACAUGGGCAUCGAUCUCGCCGCCGUCGGCCGGCAGUUCCUGCGGGACCACCAGACGGUGUGGACGUUUGCUGAGCAGCUCGGGGUGGAGAUCAAGCUGCCCAACCAGGUUGGCUGGGUAUAUGGUGGAAGAGGCGGCGUGCGGAAGAAGAAGGAAACAGUCAAGGAGAAUGGCCGCGCUGUGUCAGGGAAGAGAGAUAGCUUCUUGAAGGUCACGAUGAACAGGCUGUCGGUGAAGCUGAAGUGA